AUGGAGAACAGUUGUGGACUUUUAAUGAACAGACCAGUGCAAUUCCUCCUAGUCUUCAAGAAACAUAGUUUAUUCAAAUUCAAAAGCUUUUCAGAAAAAAUCAAAGAAGUAUCCUUUUCUGACAAAAUCAGUCGAGGAGACGUUAUUGGUUUAUUGCUCGACAUAAAAGUUCCAGGCUCUAAGAAAAGACAAAUAGGAAACGAGCAGCUUUUUAAACUUAGUGAAACAGCUGUCUUACGGAAAAUUUUCCCAGUUAAAGGUAUUAGCCGUGGUUACCACAUUUCCUGCCUUUCGUCAAAUCAGCUUUGUGUCAGUGACAAUAACAGUCUCGUUUUCAUAAACUUCAAGUGUGAAAUCUUACAUCAGCUGAGCGAUAUAGAAAGUGGUAGGCAGGCUCAUGCAGCAACCAAGAUAGGUGAUUUGAUUUAUAUAGACAAGUUUUAUAAUAUUAAAAAAGUAUAUUCAACAGAUAACACAGUGAGUACAUUACUUAAAACAUCGGAACCAUGGAGACCAUGGUGCCUACACAGCUCACUUCUAACCGAAGACUUGUUACUUUUGAUGAGGAAGCGGAAUGAAGAUGUCUGUGAUUACACAAAAGCCAAAGUUACUCGGAUGACGAGUACGGGAGACCACAUCCAGACUAUCCAAUACCAGAGCAAAGGAAAGAAGCUGUACAGCCGACCUGUCUGUAUAACUGAGAAUAGUAAUGGAGACAUCGUUGUCUCUGAUUACGACUACGGAGUGGUGGUGACAGAUAAAGGCGGGCAAUAUCGAUUCUCUUACACUGGUCCUCCCUCUGGAUCACGACUAUUACCACAAGGAAUCUGCACGGACUCUCUCUCCAAUAUCCUUGUGUCUGAUCGUCACACUUUCCAAAUUCAUCUGAUUGACAAAGACGGCAACUAUUGUUUUUUGCUGCAGACAUCGAAACAAGGAGUAGAAACACCAUGA